UACGGCUGUGCCGCUGCCUCCUCUUGUGCCAGGGCUCCUCCCACUGGUCUCCCAUCCCUGGUAGGAAAUGGAGUCAAAGGUCUCCGAAGGCGGCCUGAACGUCACCCUCACCAUCCGGCUGCUGAUGCACGGCAAGGAAGUCGGAAGCAUCAUUGGAAAGAAAGGAGAGACUGUGAAGAAGAUGCGUGAAGAGAGCGGGGCGAGAAUCAACAUCUCGGAGGGAAACUGCCCUGAGCGGAUUGUGACCAUCACUGGCCCCACCGAUGCCAUCUUCAAGGCUUUUGCUAUGAUCGCCUACAAAUUUGAGGAGGACAUAACCAACUCAAUGAGCAACAGCACUGCCACCAGUAAACCUCCAGUGACGCUGCGACUGGUCGUACCAGCUAGCCAGUGUGGCUCGCUGAUUGGCAAGGGAGGCUCCAAGAUCAAGGAAAUCAGGGAGUCCACAGGUGCUCAGGUUCAAGUGGCAGGGGACAUGCUGCCCAACUCCACGGAGCGGGCGGUGACAAUCUCGGGGACACCCGACGCAAUUAUCCAGUGUGUCAAACAGAUCUGUGUGGUGAUGCUGGAGUCCCCACCAAAAGGUGCCACCAUUCCCUACCGCCCAAAGCCCGCCUCCACCCCUGUCAUUUUUGCAGGUGGUCAGGCCUACACAAUUCAGGGACAAUACGCCAUUCCACACCCGGAUCAGUUGACCAAGCUCCACCAGUUGGCUAUGCAGCAAACCCCCUUUACUCCCCUUGGACAGACCACCCCCGCUUUCCCUGGAGAAAAGCUGCCCUUACAUUCCUCCGAAGAAGCUCAAAAUCUGAUGGGCCAAUCAUCAGGUCUGGAUGCCAGUCCCCCGGCCAGUACUCAUGAACUCACCAUUCCCAAUGAUCUAAUAGGCUGCAUAAUCGGACGCCAAGGGACCAAAAUCAAUGAAAUUCGGCAGAUGUCUGGAGCACAGAUCAAAAUCGCCAACGCUACGGAAGGGUCAUCGGAGCGCCAAAUCACCAUCACAGGAACCCCCGCCAACAUCAGCCUCGCUCAGUACCUCAUCAACGCCAGGCUGACGUCUGAGGUCACUGGAAUGGGCGCACUCUAAUUUCCACCCACCAUCCUCCACUCCGCACCACCCGACCCUCUCCAGCCAAGGGCACUCCACCCAGCCUGUACAACCUAUACAUUUACCGUCUUCCCCUUACCUCCACAGAUACUCUUUUCUUUACUAACAGAUAUAUAUAUAUAUAUAAAUACACAUGCAUAUGCACCCACUGGAACGUUUCUUUAUGACCUCCUUACUGUGCUCCUGAGAUCGCUCCUGAACUCUUUGGUUAUGGUCCUUGUUUUCAGCGUAUGGUGUAAUUACUUCAUCUUCUUUCCAGGGGGGUCAGGGAGAGGGGGUUUCACUGGUGUGACUCAAGAAGACGCCGGGUCUCUAGUGACAGUCUAGUGUAGCUACUUAAACGUUUGCGUUGACGCUGGCUGUUCUUGCUGUAGCCUAUGGCCCCGUGACACCACCCAGAGCUGUGCUCGCUGCCCUCCCCAUGGUCUCCCCAGUGCUCCCCCUGCGUUUGCUUCACCCCCUGGCCUCCCCUUGCCGCCUCAUGCCCCUACCCCAAGGAUAAGGUGUAGUUUUUCACCCCUGUGUUGUUUUGGAAGCAGAAUGUGUGGGAGCCAAGCCUACGUGCAUGCAUGGGUUCACGCACAGAUGUCUCUCUUUGCAACAUGGCAGGGUCCAGACAAGCCAUUUUUAAUAUUCGAGGAAGGGAAUCUCACUCUCUCUCACACACAAACACACAUACACAAAAUUCCCUUUUUAUAACGAGCAACUGGAUGCAGGAAGAAUUCAGCUGUACAGGAUUCACACCCCCAGGGGCAAAUGAAAGCACUCUUUGACAAUCCCCACAAGCAACCUUUGGACAAUAGCUCAGGAAGAUCUGUGAGCCAGCUGUGUUUGUCAGUGUUUGUGUUCAAUAAAUGUCUG